AUGAAUGAUAUAACCAGGGCGAAAAAUUUAAGUGUACAGCCUGAGCAUUUCAAAUUUGGACUCUCAACGCUUCAUGCGUACAUACGAUUUUUUGAAUGCUUAAUACACAUUUCAUAUAGAUUGGAGUUCAAAAAAUGGCAGGUUCGGACAUCUGAUGAUAAAGUUAUUUUUGAAAAAAGAAAAAAAUACAUUCAAGAUCGAUUUCGAACUGAAACAGGUCUACUUAUAGAUGUAGUCUUGCAAGGCAAAGGAACAACUAAUGAUGGAAAUACCGCUCGUAGAUUUUUCAAAAAUGCUGAACUAACAUCCGCUAUAACAAAUGUAGAUUUACAACUCAUAAAACGAUUUGGAGUGAUUUUAAAGACAAUGUCCAGUGGUUAUGAGAUAAAUUUAGAAAAGUUUGAGGCCUAUACUUUAGAGACUGCGGAACUUUAUGUUUCACUGUACCCGUGGUAUUAUAUGCCUGCUUCGGUUCACAAAAUUUUAAUUCAUGGUACAGAUGUUAUACGUUCUGCCUUAUUACCCAUAGGCCAGUUAUCGGAAGAGGCUCAAGAGGCCCGAAAUAAAGAUUUCAGGAACAUCAGACAAAAUAGUACUAGGCAAAUAAACAGAAUCUUACAAAAUGAAGAUUUAGGCCAUAUGCUACUUGUAUCAUCAGAUCCCUACAUUUCAAGUUUAAAAAAAACAUCGAAAAUGAACUUAAAAUCAUUCGAUGAAGAUAUUAGGGCAUUACUAAUUGUUGAGGGAGAUAAAAAUAGUGACUCUGACAGUGACAGUGACAAAGUCGAUGAUUCCGAAUGA